GUUGGCCCUGGUUCUGAAGGUUGGGCCUGGUUCUGAAGGUUGGCCCUGGUUCUGAAGGUUGGGCCUGGUUCUGAAGGUUGGCCCUGGUUCUGAGCGGCUGCAGGUGAAGCGGGUUGACAGCGCAGACUGUAGCGUGCGUUUUGAGGAAGGCUGCCUCCCUGUGAUGGCCUGACACAAUAAAACGGGUGAGGUAACGAGUCCUGGGCUGUUUAUUGCACCCAGUGUCCCUCACUUCCUCGUUCUGAGCUCAGAGGGAGGCUCGCUGCUCAAUUAUUAACCCACGCCGUCAAGUUUAGAGGCAGAACUGAGCCGCUGUCAUUCUGAAAGCCAGCAGAGAACUAAAAGCAGGCUGUGCUGCAGUACCUGGCCUCAGGCUCUGCUUCCCUCAGCAUGGAGCCGCUGCCCUCGCUGCUGCCCUCGCUGCUGUCCGCCCUGCAGGCCGUGGAUGCUGCUACCGUGGACCAGGAGUACAGCGUGGUGCGUUCACAGACCCUCCUGUUAAAGAAAGAACACGGUUUGACCACCGAGGCCGGGUCCCUGAAGGAGAACGUCAAGAAGAACCGCUACAAAGACAUCCUGCCAUACGACCAGACCCGCGUGGUGCUGUCUCUGCAGGCCCCCGCCUCCGACUACAUCAACGCCAGCUUCAUCCAGGGGGCGUCAGGGGCCUGCAGCUACAUCGCCUCUCAGGGGCCCCUCAGCUCCACCCUGACGGACUUCUGGAGGAUGAUCUGGCAGCACAGCGUCAAGGUGAUAGUCAUGGCCUGCAGGGAGACAGAGAUGGGAAAGAGGAAGUGUGAGUGUUACUGGGCCGCGCCUCAUCAGUCUGCAGCCUUCGGACCGUUCACCGUCACCACGCAGGUGGAGCUGCGACCCAAUGAGGAUAUAGUGGUCAGAACUCUGACUGUCAGCUACCAGCAGGAGACCCACUCAGUGAUGCAGUUCCAGUAUUUAUCCUGGCCCGACCACGACGUUCCCUAUGAGACCCACGGAGUUCUGGACCUGCUGGAGCGGGCCAGGAGCAGCCGGGGAGCAGAUAGCUCACCUGUGCUGAUCCACUGCAGUGCCGGCUGUGGGAGGACGGGAGUCAUCUGCGCUCUGGACUACAUCCAUGACCUUCUGGUUACCAAGCGGCUCACCGAGGACUUCAGCAUCCUGAAGAUCGUCCUGGAGCUCCGGAGACAGAGGCCCUCUGCUGUGCAGACCAGAGACCAGUAUCAGUUCAUCUUCAGCGCAGUCAUCAGCAUGUUUGAGCGUUUCCUGCAGACGUCCGGUGACGAGCUCUACUGCAACCUGCCGGAGGUGAGAAGACGGGAGAAGAAAAGCUCGGCAGCAGCAGCGUCAGCCGACAGGUCAUCAAAGAAGGCCACCAUGAAUGACACGUACGCUGUGGUCAACAAGCCUAAGCAACCCACCCGGACCACAUCAGAACCGGCCUACUCCUCUGUGGCCAUUCCCAGGUCCAACCCUGGAAGCAGGACGCUGCCUCCACCCCAUCACUACGACAACGACAUCGGGGGAGCGUCUGCAGCUCCCAUCUACAGCUCCGUGAAACCCCGAGUGAAACCCCAGACCCUGCCACUCGCUGCCUCGGCCAUUUACGACAUAGCCACGCCAGCCAGGGAGGGCUCUGACUAUCACCUGGUGUCAGCUGAACCGCCGUCAGCAGUGGAUGAUGAUUAUGAAGAUGUUUCUUCUUCUGUGUCAGACGUCAGCAGCUUCUUCUCCCCUGGAGGCAUCGGAUUUAACUGUCGCAUCCAGAAGCCUAAAGGACCCAGAGACCCCCCGGCGGAGUGGGGCCGGCUGGAGAGAUAAACCAGAGAGUCCGGAUCAGUCAGUUCUCCACCAGGAAGAAUUCAAAAUGCAAGUUUGGGUUCAUCAGACCGGCGUCACUGUGAUUUGGCCGCUUUCUGAAAUCUUCUGGACAUUUUCUGUCGUUUCAGUUUGGAAUUGUAGGAAGAGCUUUAGUUGUGUUUGUCCAAUUAGUUAUUUCAAAUACGCUGUUAAGUCCGGUUAAACCUGAACCAGAGUUUUAUCUAAUUUGUCUCGUAGAAAAACCCAAAGUUUAACUCAAGUCUAAGCAGUUUCAUUUCCUGACAAUACCUGACAUAAAGCAGAUCAGUACCAAUGCCGUUAGACCUCUCAGGGUUCUGCAUAUGUUGUACCUAUUAAGAGAAUUUACUCUUAAUUUUCCACAAACUUUUCUUAUCUGUCUCCAUCUUUCCUGAAUAAAAAUGACAGUAAGGAAUCUCU